GGCGCGCGCUUGGAAGGCUGCAGGCGCCAUGGGCAGAGUGAGGAACGGCGCCAGCACCCAGCCGCGGGGGCGAAAGCGCCCCGGGGAUCCCGCCACCGCCUGUGCAGCCAUCGCGGUCAUGGGAGCCCGGCGCCCCCCUUUCCAAGUCCGCGUGGGGAGCCACGCGGCGGGAAGGAAGUCAGCGGCGGCCAGGCGGGAUCCCGCAAGGUUGCGGCGGAAGCGCUGGUGGCGGCGGGCCCGGGAGGCAGGCUCCAAGGGCCCGCUGCGAUCCCCGAAGCCGCGGGCGCCCGCCGUGUCCGCCGGCGAGAUGGACCUGGGCGCGCAGCGGGAGCGCUGGGAGACGUUCAGGAAGCGGCGGGGCCUCAGCUGCGAGGGCGCCGCCAAGUUCCUGCUGGACACCUUCGAGUACCCAGGCCUGGUGUAUCACACCGGAGGCUGCCACUGCGGCGCGGUCCGCUUCGCCGUCUGGGCCCCCGCAGACCUGCGCGUGGUGGAUUGCAGCUGCAGGCUGUGCAGGAAGAAGCAGCACCGACACUUCCUCGUCCCGGCCUCGCGCUUCACUCUCCUGCUGGGCGCCGAGAGCAUCGUCACCUAUCGAUCCCACGCGCACCCGGCGCUGCACAGCUUCUGCGGCAGGUGCGGGGUGCAGAGUUUCCACGCCUCUGUCUCUGACCCCGGCGUGUAUGGCGUCGCCCCGCACUGCCUGGACGCCGGCACCGUGCGCAGUGUGGUCAUCGAGGAGGUCGACGGUGGCGACUGGGGGGAGGAGGCCGUGAAGGAGCCCAAGGCCAUCCAGAGCGCGUCCCCCGAGUGAGCUCCUGCCUCUCCUCCCGAAGAGGAGCAGUGACUGGGGCCGCAACACGCCUGAAACAUGCCCGCCCCCCCCC